AUGUUGGUUGCUGGAAUCGACUCUUCUACUCAAGCUUGCAAGGUUUUGAUCGUCGACUCGGUGACGGGUGAAACCGUGAGAUCUGGAAAAGUCCCCCACCCCGACGGAACUGAGAUUGACCCCAAUGAUUGGUGGCAGGCACUGUUAAAGGCCAUCCAGCAGGCAGGGGGCCUGGACGACGUAGCAGCAGUUUCGAUAGCUGGACAACAGCAUGGGAUGAUUUUGCUCGAUGAAAAUGGCGCUGUGGUCCGCCCGGCAUUGACAUGGAACGACACCCGGAGUGCGGACGCGGCCAAACAGCUCAUAGCCGAGUUUGGAGCAGAUCUAUUUGCAUCAAAGACUGGAAUUGUUCCGGUCGCGUCAUUUACCGCAUCAAAACUCAAAUGGGUAUUGGACAAUGAACCCCAAAAUGCCGAAAAAACCGCUGCAGUAUGUCUACCGCACGAUUAUCUCACCUGGCGGUUGAGGGGCUUCGGCCCGCAAAACAACAACCUCGAAGAAUUGAUCACUGAUCAGUCCGAUGUUAGUGGUACUGCAUACUGGGGAAACGGAUCGUAUUGCAACGAUAUUUUCAAGCACGUUUUUGGCCGUGAUCUGCGAGAGGCAGGAUCACAGGCUCUCAAAAAUUCGGUGAUUGUUCCCAGAGUCCUGAACCCUGGGGACAAAGUAAAAAGUGCCGAUGGAAAACUAGAUUUCGGACCUGGAGCCGGCGAUAACGCGGCGGCCGGUCUUGGUCUGAACUGCAUGCCGGGAGAUGCUGUGAUGUCAUUAGGCACAUCUGGAGUCGUGUUUGGCUCAUCGUCCCGGAACGUUUUCGACCCCACAGGCAUCGUGGCCGGGUUUCGUGACUGUAAUGACAACCACUUGCCACUUAUAUGCACAUUGAAUGGGGCUAGGAUUCUCCAGGCGGGAGCAAAUUUGUUAUCCUGCAACUACUCUGAAUUAGAAGACCUAGCUUUAAAGGCACCUCCUGGUUCGAAUGGGCUUGUCCUGGUCCCGUACUUUGAGGGAGAACGCACACCAAAUCUCCCUCAGGCCAAAGCUCGGCUAGAAAACAUGUCCCUGACAAACUGCACUCGCGAAAAUACUGCUCGGGCUUUUGUCGAAGCCCUUUUAUGCUCUAUGUCAUUUGGACUCUCCGCUAUAGAAGAAACUACUGGGGCCAAGUUUACUAGAAUUGUUAUGAUUGGAGGUGCUUCUAUUAACAAAGCUGUUCAGGAAUGUGCUAGGUCCGUGUUCAAUGUACCCAUCAUCGUUCCAUCCCCCACAGAAUAUGUGGCUCGAGGAGCUGCCGUUCAAGCAGCAUGGGCACUCAGCGGCAAGAAACCGGACUGGACCUUGAAGUUAAACGCAAGUCUUGAAUCUACAUAUGAGCCCCGGGUGUUCCAGCAGUACACAGCAGCCGCUGAAAAAAUGAGUUUGUAA